CAUAAAACAAAGAGACGAAGUAAAUUAUAUAUUUGUAUACACAGAGUCGCAGAGAGGUCGUUCUCUUUUGCUACUCUGUUUUAAUUUCUCUCUAGGAUUUUAAUUCCCAAUUUCUAUCUGUCUCUCACAGACUGCAAUGGAGACUCCACCAUUUCUGAACGGCCAAUCUUCACCACCACCACAAGGACCCACAAAAGCAGCCAAGCCUGGUCGGGCAAGGAAUCCCAACAACAAGAACCCAAAGAAGACACCACAGAGAGGAAUGGGUGUGGCUCAACUGGAGCGAUUGCGUCGCCAAGAGAGGUGGAAGAAUAUGGCAGAGAUCAAAUCCGACAAUCAAACUCAAUAUCUACCCAUUUCUCCGGCGGUGGUGGGGGAGAUGGUUCCACUCGGUGGGUAUCCGGUGCAGUGGAAUUAUUCUUUGGGAGUGCCGAUGAUUAGAGGUGAUGGUGGUGGUUUUGGGUUGGGUCAUGGUUUGGUGUAUUCGUAUGGAAGUGGAGCUCCGGAGAGGAUGAAUGUGUUGGAGUCCUCGAAAGAGCUCUCUUCAAUGCCAAACUUGCCUCACUCUCAGUCUCUCCUGCUUGAUUGUUGCUGUAACAAUGCUAGCUGCUAUAAGAAGAAGCGUACCAAUCAGGAGAACAUUGGAGACAAGUUUAAUCCAGAGACUAAUUUCUCAAUGAGUGAUAGUGAAUUUCUUGGAUUCAGUCUGGAUAACACCAUCAAUGGAGGAAUCAGUGGCUUUGAUGCUACGCACAAGCUUAACGAGGGUGUGGGAGUGGUGGCUGUGCAUAGGAGGGCAAAGGGAAUGAUGGGAGACAGUGUUGUGAUGGAGUAUGACUUUUUACUUGGAAACAAGAGUGAGAGACCAUCUAAGGAACUGCCCAGAUUUGCCAUGGAAGCUGGUCCUUCUGCUGCAAGUUCAGUUGUUGAUGGUUGUGAAUCUUCUUAUAAUCCUGUUGAUUUGUCUCUAAAGCUUUCAUUUUAGUAUCAGGAAAAACUUGUUGCUCAAGUAAUUGAAGACAAACAACUUUUGGUUUAUCUUUUGUUCUUAAAUGUGAAACUCAUCUUCCAAAAACCACACUAUUAAUGCAAUUUAUAUUUUCUUA